GAAUCUGAUCCAGAAUCAGACCGGUAAAUAACAAGACAACCUGUUGGAUAUGCAAAUGAGGUGUCGAUGUGAUGUGAUUGGUAGAUUUAGAUAAAUGUCAGAGAGGGAGGAGCCAAAAACAGGAAGUGACAGAAACAACUUCUUAAAAAACACAGAAGAAGAGAAAACGACGGAGAGAUAGAGAGAGACAGGUCCUGUAGUUUAAUCAGACAGUGAAGUAUGAGUGUGUACUAAUACAGAGUGUGUAUUAAUACUCCGUAUGCGUGUACUAAUACUCAGAUGGAGACGCUGUGUGAGGACGAGCUCUGCUGGCUGCAGCUGGAUGAUUUCAGGGUGCUUCUCAUCAAGAACAUCGAACCGUCAAGAAUUACUCCGUACCUCCGCCAGUGUCAGGUGGUCAGUGCUGAGGAUGAGGAGCAGCUCUUUAACGACCCUGCCCUCGUCAUCAGGAGGAGAAAAGUUGGAGCCCUGCUGGACAUCUUGCAGAGGACAGGGGUCAAAGGUUACACAGCCUUCCUGGAGAGUCUGGAGCUGGAUUAUCCUCAACUUUACAGCCGGAUCACCGGGAAGGAACCCAAUAAGACCUUCAGCAUCCUCAUCGACACCGCAGGUGAGUCCGGUCUGACUCAGUUCUUGAUGUCGGAGCUCAGCCGCCUGCAGAGGGCACUGCAGGAAGAGAGGAGGCGUCGCCAGCAGGCCUGCUCCGUUGCCAAGGAACAGGAGGCGUGGUCUCGGCAGCAGCAGCUGAAGGACCGCGAGCUGAGGAAGCUGACUGAGCGAGUGCAGAAGGUCCGUGAGGAGCGUGAGCAGCUGAGCGAGGAGGUGAAGCAGCUCCGGAAUCACAACUACAGUCUGAUGGCCGACGUCAACACGCUAGGCCAAGAGAAGAGCAGCGCCCUGCUGGCCAACCGGGACCUGCAAAUAGAGGUAGAACACCUGAAACACACCGUGCAGCGAGCUGAGAGUCAGACCCGACUGCUGAGAAGACGAACACUGAAACCACUCCAGGAGAGCAGCAGUCUGGCUCCGCCCACAGAGACCUUCUUCCACCCAAACAGAAUGGAGCUGAACGAGGAAAAGCAGGAGGAGAAAAUAGAGGAGAAUCAGGAAGAGAAAAAAGAGGAGAAGGAGGCGCAGGAGAAGGAGGGUUCAGCUCCUCUUCAGCUGAACCUCAUCACUACGGUGUUAAGGUUAAGGAGACAGACCCACAGAGCAGAGGAGCAGAGAGACAAGAGUCUGGAGGAGAAGGAGGAGCAGGAGCUGCUGUCUGCUCAGCUGAAGGGAGACGUCAGGAUGUACCGUCAACAAAACAAACAAACCCUCAGACAGCUGGAGGAGGUGAUCAGAGAGAGGGACAAGGUGCUGUCGUCGUGGACGCAGCAGCAGGAGGAGGUGCGGCUGCUCCUGCUGGAGAAGGACCAGUACAGGGAGCAGGUCAGACAGCUCACAGAACAAUUUGACAGACAGGAGCUCCUCCUGCUGAGGUCACAGGGGGAGGUGCUACAGCUUAAGACACGCCUCCGCAGACUCAGAUGCAACACUCACCAGUGUGAGAGGAGUGUGAGCAGCGAGGAAGAGGAGGAGCCCACAGAGAUCACUGCUAAAGGUAGCAGUGAGAAGGUGCGAAGUGGGACCUCUGGGGAGAACGAGGAGGUGUCAGCGCUGCAGCAACUGGACUUUCCUGUAGGAGGAGCCACAGAGUCUGAUCACAGGCCCAGCACUGCUGCAUCAUGGGACGAGGAGACAGACGGCUGUCUCUCCUCCAGAAGGCCCUUCUUCUAUCGCAGGAAGCUAGCCCUCAGGUCAAAGGUUGUCUGCAAGGAGUACACAGCCGGUAACCAUGACGACAGCAGUGGCAGUGAAGUCAUCGACUCCGAUUGAAGACGAGCGUCUUUCAAAAUAAGAGUCUCAAAUGUUCAUAUUCAUCAAAGAGGUGGAUUUCACUAUUUUGUUCUUUGAAGUCGACUUUUCACUGAGAACAUAAAACCGCAUGAAAAGUUAUAUAAUAAUAAUAGAAGUAGAAAAUACACUGUUUCUCACUCAUCAGUAAUUCUUUUGACAAAUUAUUCAAAAUGUAGAUGUUGUUUUCUCUUUUUUUGCUAAUAAAAAAGAUCAACCAGAA